CAGUGUGGACAUGCUUCUCAAGCACUGAGCCUCCAAACCAUCUACUCGCUCCUUCUCCUCACAGUUUACCAUCAACACCUUCCUCUUCUUCAACCAUGGGAGUUGCAUACAGUGUCGGAGAGGUUGAUCACCUUUACACCUUCUUUGUGCAGUGGUCUCCUGCAUUAUACAAGAAGGGGGACAAGAAGCAACCAAAGCCCCGCUAUCUCAUCAGGGAGAAACAUCAGAACCGCUACCUGGUAGUGGAGAAGGAAAAGGUAGCUGUGAUCAACAAGCUCCUCAGCAACUCUGCAAACAGCACUGCUAACAACUGGGAGAUCGUCAAAGUACAAGAAGCCAAGCGUCGACUGAGUCUGUGUAGCUCUGACGACUCUGAGGCAGAGGAGCCUGAGUACCAGGAAGAAGAUGAGGACAUCCUCCCUGUGCUGGGAGACCACAGCCAGCUGCUGGAUGACCACCAACUGAAGAGACUUGCUGCUCAGAUGCCAGCAAGGACCCAGGGGUAUCCAUGGCAGCUGGUCUACAGUACAGCUAUCCAUGGCAGCAGCCUGAAGACUCUGUACAGGAACAUGGCCGGCCUGGACAGCCCUGUGUUGCUUGUCAUUAAAGACAUGCAGCAAAAGGUCUUUGGUGCUUUUUCUUCUGAUCCAUUCAAAGUCAGUAAAUACUCCUACGGCACAGGAGAAACCUUCCUGUUCAGCUCCAACCCUGAAUUCCAGGCGUACAGGUGGAGCGGUGAGAAUUCCUACUUUGUGAGCGGGAACCUGGAGUCUCUGCAGAUUGGUGGCGGAGGGGGUGGAUUUGGCCUGUGGCUGGAUGCUGAUCUGUACCAUGGUUCAAGCUUCUCCUGUCCCACCUUCCACAAUGUGUCUCUGUCAUCGCAGGAAGACUUCAUUGUACAAGACCUCGAAGUUUGGACUGUUCAGAACUGAUAGAGAACAUCUAAAACGACAAGAUAAAACAAAGUAAAACUUAAAGAAUUGUCUGGAGUAACAGAACUUCUAGACUAAAAGGCUGUAUGCGUGGUUCAGCCAUGGCCUGAUGGAGCAGCUGCUGUAAAGUGCACCUGGCUCAGACUCAGGCCUGGUCUGGUUCACGGCCUGGGCUUCAUGUUCAGUUUUGGGGUGAUCUGUCCCUGUUAAAAUCCAUGUGGCGGGAUUAAAAUCUGCAGAUCUGGGUCCUCUAACUGCAAACUUCCAGCCAGUCACCACUAUCCCAAUGCUUGGCCAAGUUAGUAACAUGGGAUCUAAAGCGUAAAGGCUUCCAUGGCUCAUCUUUGUUAUAGAGAGCAUUAUAAUACAAAAGUCAGAGUAACACUGUUGGAUUAAAAGUUUGUUACGAUAAGCACAUAAGAAAAGUAAGAAUUGUUUUUUCUUCCUUUCAAAAAACAAUGUGAAACAUUUGGCACAUAUAAAUAGUGUUUACAGAACGUGUGUGUGCGUAGUCCUACUUGUUUAAUGGCCUAAAGCAGGGGUGUCCAAAGUGCGGCCCGAGGGCUAUUUGCUUGAGGGGAUAUUUUGAGGCCCGUGACUUCAAAUGAAGAAUCAAAAGAUUUUGAUGACCUAAGCUAAAUGCUGAAAGCUUUUCCAAAAAAAUGAACCACGUUACAGGCUUGAUUCUGAGAAAAAAACAAAUAAAGUAGAACGAAGAAAUCAAAAUAUUUGAUUUGCUAUUAUUAAAGGGUUUAUUAAGAGAGCCUUUUGAUUCUGAUCUACAAAGCCUUACUAUGUUUUCAACUAUAUUUUAAAAAACAAAACCUGUGGCCCACGAGCGAUUCUAGCACGACAAUUUUGGCCUGCAAGAAAAAAGUUUGGACACCACUGGCCUAAAGGAUUAUGAAGCAUACUUGGCACAUUGGCACUUGGCUUUUCAUAUCCUCAAGACAAAAGAAUAAAAUAGGUAAUUUUUGGUUUGAACACUGGAACAUGAUAGGACCCACGUCUGAACUCUGAAUGCACUUCUUUUUUUUUUUUUUUUUUUCUAAAUGAUGUAUGUUUUGACUGUUCUCCAUAUGAAUACUAAAGCUAAAAAUGAAGAACAAGGAAACUGGCUUGAAAAUAGAAGCAUAGAAUUGGCCUACUAAAACUUUUUAUCAGUGAUGCGUGAAGUUUGUGGAGGAAGGUACCUCAACCGUUAACUGUAACUUCUUUUUUUUUUUUUUUUGGAAGUGACACACCUGCCUUAUUUGCAUGAAUUUGAAAUGUUUUAUGAGAUCAUUUUAAGUUAAACAUAAAAAUUUAUUUGAAGAAUAUUUAAAUAGGAAAGCAAAAGAAAUAGAUAUUUUCCCUGUUUGUAUGCUGUUUUUUGUAUCUCAUUUCUCCAAGUUUGAGUCUGUCAGGCAGUGCUGGUGCUGCUGAUAUUGUGUUGUGGAACCACAUUAAAAUGUUGUCUUUCCUGGUGAAAUACAAGCUUUAUGUAACUGUGAAUAAAAUUCAAAAACAAAAUAUCACCUUUUCACAAAGGAAGCUGUUUGUUCAGUUUUGUUCUUGUAAGCAUUAAAAGACUUCAAAGUAUAAA